AUGCUGGUUAUUUUGCUGAACUGUGUGACGCUUGGUAUGUAUCAUCCCUGCAUCGAUGGCCAUUGUGGAACUGACCGCUGCAAGAUUCUGCAGCGCUUUGAUGACUUCAUCUUUGCAUUCUUCGCAGUGGAAAUGAUCAUCAAAAUGAUAGCACUGGGCAUUUUUGGCAAGAUGUGCUACCUGGGUGAUACCUGGAAUCGCCUGGACUUCUUCAUUGUGAUUGCAGGAAUGUUGGAAUACUCACUGAACCUACAAAAUGUCAGCUUUUCUGCAGUACGUACUGUCAGAGUCCUGAGGCCUCUGCGAGCUAUAAAUCGGGUUCCUAGCAUGAGAAUUCUUGUGACAUUGCUGUUGGAUACCCUUCCCAUGUUGGGCAAUGUACUUCUGCUUUGCUUCUUUGUCUUCUUCAUAUUUGGAAUCGUUGGUGUCCAGCUUUGGGCAGGACUUCUGCGAAACCGUUGUUACCUACCAGAGAACCUUACACUGGUUCCUGCUAGGGAACGUUAUUAUCAGACAGAAAAUGAAGAUGAAAAUCCUUUUAUCUGCUCGUUGGCCAAGGACAAUGGUAUGCGUUACUGUCGUUCAGUUCCAGCUUUAAGACAAGAUGGCCUGGUAUGUGACCAGAGUUAUGAGUCCUACAACCAAACUGACAAUACAACAUGUGUGAACUGGAACAAAUAUUAUACUGAAUGUAUUCCUGGAGAUCACAAUCCAUUUAAAAAUGCUAUUAAUUUUGAUAACAUUGGAUAUGCCUGGAUUGCCAUAUUUCAGGGUCCCAUUGCAGAAAAGAUCCCUGGUGAAAAUAUGCUGUUUAGUCCCACAGAAGCAGAAUCAAAUAAAACUAAAAAAUGAGGUGGCAUCCAAGUAAUAAA